AAGGUGCGGCACCGUAUCACGUGCUCCUCCGUACGGACUCUGAAGGGAGCUGCAUGGGUGGGUUAGCAGAGUGGGGACUAAUUACAUCGAGCAGCUGAGUCGUUGCUCCCCAGGUUAUUUACAAAAUGUCAACCAGAACAGCCUCUGUCCAUGCCAAAUGGAUUAUAGGAAAAGUGAUUGGAACAAAAAUGCAGAAGACUGCUAAAGUCAGAGUUACUAGGCUUGUCCUGAAUCCAUAUCUGUUAAAGUUUUAUAACAAGAGGAAGACCUAUUUUGCUCAUGAUCCAAAAGAACAAUGUACUGUGGGUGAUAUUGUGCUUCUGAAGGCUUUACCUGAACGAAGAACCAAACAUGUAAAACAUGAACUAGCUGAAAUUGUUUUCAAAGUUGGAAAUAUUAUCGAUCCUAUAACACAGAAACGCUGCAGUGGGAGCAGAAUAAUUGAGCCCCUCACAGACUUUGAUUCAGAUGUCAGAUCACUGAAUGAUCAAUUAGAGAAUUUAGAGAUCAAUGCUGUGCAGAGUAAUUCUGAACAGAAAACCAAAAUAAACUGAGCUGAAUAAAUGUUGGUAAAUGUGAACAUCUUCACCAUAAAAUAUAUUGAUGUUCUCUAGCAUUUUCAAUAAAUCAUACAAUAUAGUUUUAAAGAUGUAAUAAUAUUUCUUGUAUCUUAUAUUAUUUCUUUUCCAUGUUUUUAUUAAUAUCAGAAUAAAAUGAAAGGAAGCAGUUAUUGCAUGUAAUGCUCAACAUCUGAAGUGUGCAUUUCUUUGUAUAUUUUUACAUUCAAACUAUGUGAUGAGAGUUGACACAGUGGUGUUGCCUGUGUGAAGUUUGUAUGUUCUAUCAUGACCGCAAAGGUGUGGGUUGGCAGAUUAAUUGGUGGCUAUAGUGUAGGAUGAGAGUUAAAAUGUGGGGAUAGGUUUAUGAGAGUGCAGAGAGAAUAAAAUUAUAUUAGUGUAGGAUUAAUGUAAAUGUGUACUUGUUACAGAAUGGAGUCAUUCAGCCAAAGGUCCCAUUUCUCUGGGUAGGACUUUAACUGGAAAUGUGAAUAGGCAACUUUUAAAAAGUACUGGUGGAAUUCCUAUGAAGAUCUCACAGUCUGUCAUAGGAUAAACUGUUACAAACAGUUUAUGGUAAAACUUGUUGAAUGCACCUAUUCAAUUUGUAUUUCUUUCCUCCCACAGAUGUUGCUUGACUGACAGUGUUCUUCCUGCAGAUUGUUACUCCAUUUGUAAAAAAACAAACUGAUCUAAUGUAGCAGAUGGAUGGCUGACAAAGUUACAAAAAAAAAUGUUAGCUGAACUUAUAGAAUUCUUUUGAGUCCAAAAGGCUGCAAUAUGCCCGGGCAGAAGAUGAAUUUAUCGUCAUAGAUGUGGGCAUGCCUUGGUGCUAGAAGCAUAGUGACAGUUGUUGGCUACCCACAGCACAUCCCCAGGCUAUUGGUUGUUGACGCAAAACUACAUAUUUCACUGCAUGUUUUGAUGUACAUGUGACAAAUAAAUA